AGAGGGAAAUCACAUGGCCACCGGGAGACUCCGUCUGGAAAAUCUUAUGGAAAAACACAUUUAGGCUAAUAAUAACAACAAUCUUUUAUUUUUAUUUUAAUCAUAACGGACGCCGCCUUUUUUUUCUGAACUUGAGCAGCUGCACAGAUGUAGGCUGGCUCUCCGGACCCGGUGAUUUAAUAUAAACACUCAGCCUGUGGGACAGUAUGGAGAACUGCUGGAUGUUUACGGACUGUAUCACCCACCAGGACGCGACACGGUUACCGUUUUAUUCCUUUAGUUAACACUUGGUGGCUUGUUUUUUUUAAACCCGUGGCUAACGUUAGCUAGAACAAAACAAGUGUUUUAGGUCGCGAGCUAGCUAACGCGCUCACCAGCUUCCAACCGUUACCAACCGUUAAUUAACGGCCGGUAAAUUAGCUACAAACAGUGCCUUUAACUGAGAUUAGUACUCACGACAUGCCUGAAAUCUGAGUUUUUAAAGUUUGACUCGAGUUUUAAUCGGAAAAUGAAGUCGCCCCUGGCUCCCGGUAUACGAUUAAUCACGUCCUUUUCUCGAGAUAGUUGGUAUCGCGGUUUCAUUCUUUUCCUCACCUUCCUCUUCUACACGGCCUACCAUCUUUCACGGAAACCUAUCAGCAUUGUUAAGACUGAGCUGCACAGAAACUGUUCCUCAGUCAUUCGGCCAGCAGACCUUAACAUAACCAAUAAUGCUACUUGGUGUGACUGGGCGCCCUUUGACCAGGACAACUACCAGACACUGUUUGGGGUCUUGGAUAACUGCUUCCUGGUUGCCUAUGCCAUCGGCAUGUUUUUCAGUGGGAUAUUUGGAGAGCGCCUGCCUCUGCGGUACUACCUGAGCUUUGGGAUGCUGAUGAGUGGACUGUUCACAUGUCUGUUUGGCCUCGGCUUCUACUUGAAAAUCCACUCGUUAUGGUACUACGCUGUCAUCCAGGUCUUAAACGGGAUCAUGCAGACCACCGGUUGGCCUGCAGUGGUGGCUUGUGUCGGGAACUGGUUUGGAAAGGGGAAGCGUGGGUUCAUCAUGGGUGUGUGGAACUCCCACACCUCCGUGGGAAACAUCUUGGGCUCCCUCAUCGCAGGAGUCUUUGUGUCCUCAGCGUGGGGAAUGUCCUUCAUCGUCCCGGGACUCAUCAUUGCCUGCACUGGGAUCCUGUGCUUCUUCUUCCUGGUUGAGAAACCUGAAGACGUCAACUGUUCUGUUCCUCAGCACCACAGCGAACAGGAGAGCGGGGAGACGGAGCCGCUCCUGCAGAACUCCUCCCAUGUUGACAGAACUGUAAAUGGUGUCAUCACUGCUGAUCCUGCGGAGGUUGUUGUGGAGCCCACUGAGGCCAUCAGCUUCUGUGGAGCUCUCAGUAUUCCUGGAGUGGUGGAGUUCUCUCUCUGCCUGCUGUUCGCUAAGCUGGUCAGCUACACUUUCCUGUACUGGCUUCCUCUCUACAUCUCAAAUGUUGCACAUUUUGAUGCUAAAGAGGCAGGAGACAUGUCAACACUGUUUGAUGUAGGAGGAAUCGUGGGAGGCAUCAUGGCGGGCCUCGUGUCUGACUACACGGGGGGGAGAGCGACAACUUGCUGCGUCAUGUUGCUCGGUGCCGCUCCAAUGCUUUUCCUCUAUAAUUACAUCGGACAAAGGAGCAUCGGUACUACAGUCGGUAUGCUGCUGUUGUGUGGAGGCCUGGUGAACGGACCGUAUGCUCUCAUCACUACUGCUGUAUCAGCUGACCUGGGAACACAUGAGAGUCUGAGAGGAAACUCCAGAGCGUUAUCAACAGUGACGGCUAUUAUUGACGGGACAGGUUCAGUGGGAGCUGCGGUGGGUCCUCUGUUAGCCGGUGUGAUCUCUCCCACCGGCUGGAACAACGUCUUCUACAUGCUCAUCUCUUCUGACAUCUUGGCCUGCGUGUUUUUGUCCAGGCUUGUUUACAAAGAGGCUCAGGGUUGGUGUACACGAGCCCCCCGUGCCAGAGGGUUCAAAGAAAUCUGAAACACUCGCACAACCAAACACAGAAAAGAGGGACACAAAGCAGAAACAGACCUCAGGGGACAUGUGGACAACCUCGCUCCAUAUAGGCUGAGUGGAAACCAGUGGAGCCCCCAGUGGAGCCCCCAGUGGAGUCCCCAGUGGAGCCCCCAGUGGAGCCCCCAGUGGAGCCCCCAGUGGAACAUUCAAGGCACUAAACGGACGAUUGAAACCUUCUUAAUGUAAAACAGAGAGAAACACUUUUUUAUGACUAAUCUACUCAUUCUCACUUGUUAGUUUUAAUAUUCUUUUAUCAUUAAAGUGUACAUACUGUGCCUUUU